AGAUAUCAGGGACAUGUGAGCGCAGCACUGGUUCUGGGAGGGGUCGACAACACCGGCCCGAAGCUCACCUCUAUUGCCCCGCACGGCAGCACCGAUACGCUUCCGUACGUGACUAUGGGAUCGGGAUCUUUGGCCGCAAUGGCUGUGUUUGAGGCGCGUUGGAAACCGGACCUCAGCCUGGAAGAGGGCCAGCAAUUGGUGAGGGACGCGAUCGCCGCCGGUAUAUUCAACGACUUGGGCUCCGGCAGUAACAUUGACUUAUGUGUGAUCACCAAAAACGCGGUCAAUUAUAUGCGCCAAUACGAUGAGGCCAACAAAAAGGGCGUCAGGCAAGGAAGAUAUCAGUUCAAGAAGGGAACGACCGAAGUAUUGGAAACAAAAGUGAUUACUUUGGAUGUGGAGUCAGUGGUCGUGCGUCCGAUAGAGCCCAUGGAUCUCUCAUAAAGGAGUAUUUUAGAAGUGAAUUGAAUUGAAAAACGAUUUUUAAACGGAAUUUUUUAUAUGUAAUGUCCUAACGAUUACUAUAUUUUUCCCAACAAUAAAUUUCUUGUUUCCACAAAAA